UAGCGGCGAUUUAGAUAAAAUGUUAUGUUUCUUCGAAAUAUAUAGAGUUUCGUGGUAAAAUCUGACGUAAGGCAGCUGUUAUUUUACGAAACAUCGCUUUUAAUAUCAAGAAAGGGUAAUAGAAAGAACUCUUGAAACUGUGACAAAUUUUGGGUAUUUUUUACUUUUUAACAUUAAACGUGUGGUAUGUACUUUACAUUUUAAUUUUUAGGGUCCGAAUAUGUAUCUAGAACUAGAAGAAGUAGAAAAAUGUAAGCAACGUCGCUUAGGCUUUCUCCAGAAAAACAAGAAUGUACUUAAAUGAAGAUAACCAGUUGCUGAUAUACAUAUUAAAACCAAAAACAAGUUCACAGGCUUUUGAUAUAGAAGGUAUUGCUAGUCAUGUCACAGCCAAUGAUUGACAGUGAGGAGAUGGUAUAUCUGGGACCAGAAAAAAGAUGUCAACCUCGGUCAAAAAUAUCAGUGGAAGACAUUGCUGUAAUGAAAGUCACUUGCACAGCAUGUGGAAAUCAAAUCAACCAUUACAAUGCAUCAGAAAUUAAAUGUCAUAUACACCUUAGAGUCCUGAUGUGUAAGAAAUGUUUCAAGUAUUAUGGAGCAGGUAUUUUUCAAAAAGAUGAGACUGGAGUUGAUGAGUAUUGUCGAUGGUGUGGUGAUGGUGGAAAUCUCAUCCUUUGUGAUUUCUGUGAAAAUGCUUUUUGUAAAGAAUGUAUUAAUCGGAACUUUGGACCAAGUGAACUCUCAAAAGCAACAGUAGCAGCAAGUUGGCAGUGCUAUGUGUGCAAUUCUGAGCCAUUGUCUGGAUUGGUUUCCUUUUGUUCUAUGGUUAAAGAAUAUGCACAGCAACAGAAGGAUGAUGUGAAAGAUAAAAGUGAAAAGAAAUCAGAUUUUCAAUCUAAAAACAUUUUCAAGAAAAUAGAGCUUAUUUUCACAAGAUUGUUGAAUGAACAAACUUUAAUAACAGGUUCAGAAUCAUGGCUGGAAGAUAACUUUGCCCAAGGACUUUUAUCUCUUACUAUGACCAUGGAAGAUUUGUUAAAGGUACGAAAGAAAUAUGAGCGAAAAGCAUCAGAGCCUACAGCUGUAGAUGAUGGUGUGAGACGAAUUCAAGAUGUUCUGAAAAUUCAUAUACAUAAUGUAGAAAUGGUAUUAAAUAAUAUCCAAGCCAGUUACUUAGCUCAUAAGAACCACCUAGCUCAUCAAUCUGAGAUUUUGAGUGGAAAAUCCUUCCUUUUUUUAACUGAAAAUAUUGCUUCUGAUAGUAAAUCAGAAAUGGACCUCCAAAACGAAGGGUUUGAUAAAACCAAAAAUAUAAAAGAUAAAACAGCUGUGUUUAAAGAAGGACUAACAGACCAGUUGAAUCCACAGUGUGGUAGUGGAGACUCUGGACUAACAGACCAGUUGAAUCCACAGUGUGGUAGUGGAGACUCUGGACUAACAGACCAGUUGAAUCCACAGUGUGGUAGUGGAGACUCUUUUCUAACAGACCAGUUGAAUCCACAGUGUGGUAGUGGAGACUCUGGACUAACAGACCAGUUGAAUCCACAGUGUGGUAGUGGAGACUCUUUUAAGGAGCCACUAUGUGAAGAUAAUUAUGAAGUUUCAAUUGAAAAUGAAGCUAAGUGUAAGAAUAUUGAAAAACUAUUAGACACAUGUUAUGAAAAUGUACAAUUAAUUAAGAAACCACAAGUUUUAGCAGAAGAUAUAGCUACUGGAAUUAAUGAAAGUUUAUCAGACAAUUUACAUUAUAGUGAACUAGAUAACAAAAAUGGUGAAGAAGGAGAUGAAGCUACACAUGAAUUACAUCUACAGUGUGAAAAUCCAGAAUCAGUUAGGAAACCAGUAAAUAAAGAGGGGGAAGAAAGUUCAUCAACUACGGAGAUUAAUAGAGCAUUAUUGGACUUACAAUAUGAAAAUACAGAAUUAGUUGGUGAAUCAAUAAAAAAAGAGAGAGAAACAAGAUCAACAGAUGUUGAAACUACUAGCAUUAAUAAUGAGGUAGCUCCCACACAGGAACUACAGUGUGAAAAUCAAAAAUUAGUUAGUGAACCAGUAACUAAAAAGAGAGAAGAAAAUUCAGCAGAAAGUGAAAAUAGUAAGAUUAAUAAAGAGUUUUCAGAAACACUGGAGCUCUUUGAUGAAGACAUAGAAGAACCUUUAGUUAAGUGUGAGGAAAAAAAAUUACCAGAAAUACUAAAAUCACAAUGCAAAACUGCAGAAUCAUUUGCUGAACAACCAAGUGAAGUUGGCCAAAAAUAUCCAACAAAAGGUGAAGCUACUAAACAUGUACUGCAUACACCAGAACUACAAGGAGAAAUUGUUGAAUCAAAAGUAGAACAGCAAAAUACAAAUCACACAGAAGAAUUAAAAGAAAUAGAAUCUAUCGAUAAUAACAAAAUAUUAGUUGAAAUGCAUGAAGUAGGUUAUGAAAAUGUUAAAUCAACUAAAGAACAGGGAAAAAAAGAUAGAGAUAAUAUGAUAAGAGCUGAAGGUAUUAAGAUUAAAGAUAUAUCAGACAAAUCAACAUUUUUUUCAAAAAGUACAGCCUUAGUUAUGGAAUCACCAAAUGAAGGUGGCAAGGAAGAUUUUGAAGAUGUUAAAAGUGGAGUUAGUUCUGGUACAGAACAGUCAUCUGUAAAAAUGUAUAUUAAAUGUAAUGAAGAAAAAGAAAUGAAAAAUAAAAAGGCUCAGUGUGUAAAGACUAAAAUAACUCUACAUGGUAGGUCUUUAGAAACAUCUGAAGAAAAGACAGAAAGUGAAGUUUCACAACACAAAAUCGGUAUAGAUGAACUCAACAAAGAAUCAACAGAUAAUGAGAAAACAAGAGAUUUAUUGUUGAAAGAUUUAAAUGUCAAGCCCUCCAGUGAUGAUUUUGAUUUUGCAGAUGUUAAGUCUCAUCAGUGCAAUGUAUUCACAGAUGGCAUAAAAACAUGUAGAGGUGAUCACAAUUCAAAUAGUAAUGAUGAUUUUACAGAUCAUGAUACUGUAAACAACAAGAUAAAUGACAAUCAAGAAAUCAUUUCCCACUACACAGAUAAUUCUUCAGUCAAAGAUGAUAACACUGAUAAUCUGAGUAUCAAAGAAUCUCUUUGUGGAUAUAAUAAGUUGUCAUCAAACCCUCAGGUUAUUCUGCAGAGACUUCCUGAAAACAUUGUUGAUGUACCAUGUAUGGAAAAAGUUUGUAAAGCUUUUAUUCAGAAGCGAGGUCGACAUUCCUCAGAGUCUUCGUUGGAUGAGCUAGAGAAAGAUGUAGGAAACUUAUCCAUUCUUAGCAGCCUGCAGAAAGAAAACAAGAAACAAAAAUGUAGUGAUGGAAAAGUUGUUUCAGACAAAGAUGCUGAAGAAACAAAUGUUGGUGAGUAG